AAAUAAAGGCGAUUCCGGCAGACAAAAAUGUGUGGGGCUUUCACUGAUAUAAGCAGUUAUUAUUGAAUCUCUUUCACUUGCUCAAAGAUAAUCUAAAAAGUUGGGAGCUCGGUCUAGAGGAGAAGCCAGCCUUGUGCACUCAAAUCAAAAUUUCUGAAUAAUAAGGCACAAUUUCGAAAGACAAGGGCCAGCUGGGCAUACAACAACGUCUUAGGUUUAGAGAAAUGCAAGCUGUCAUUAUGAUAUCUCUUUCAGUCACUCAAUCUUAGUGCAAAAAGAGGGUCCGAGAGACCGGUGUUUUGAGGGGCUCGGACCGGCGCGUCGUCUGCCCGCGGAAAUGCAGAACCCGGAAUGCUUAGUGAUUACGUCUGAGAUUAUGCGUCUCUUCCGAAGACUGUGCAACAUCAAUAAAGCAGUUAUCGCGCAGUUCCUCCCUUCAGCAUUUGAAGUUGCACAGAAUGUUAAUAGAUCUGACUGCAAGGUGUAUUUAACCGUGAGGAAUAUUUUAAACAUGAAGAAACAACUGUCCGUCUCAGAUUGGAGGAAGCUGAGUAAGGUUUGCUCUGAGCGAGGAUUUGGAUAUCAAGCAUUCGUUGCCUUAGUUUCUAAAGAUCCUGGUUUGUCAGAGUUAAAAAUAUUAUUUGCUGCUCUUCAUCAAGAGAACUUCCUCUCUCUGAUUUUGAAAGCUCAGACAUUACAAGUGUUUAAAAUGUAUGAAGCUGACUGUACAGCAGAUGACCACAAAUUUAUUUUAGAUACUGUUGAUGAAGUUACAAACAAGUUCCAAGUACUAACGCCACAUAUAGUAAAGCCACUCCUUUUUGGAGUAGGGGUUACUUCAUCGUGGAAAGAAAAAUGUGAACUUUUGGGAUCAAUGUUGAGCACGCAUGAUGCCUGUGUGCCUGAAUUAUCAGCCCUUGCGGCUUUCCGGCAUGGUGACUUUGAUUAUGCAUGGGAUCAGCUGAGGAAGGCUGCAGCAUUCUUAGGAGGAACUAAUUGUUGCCCUGAGUUGUUUCAUGGUAUAGUUGAAAGCCACAUUCUCUAUCCAAAUGAGGGACUACUGUCAAAGCUGUUUGAUUUCAUUCAAGAGUUCUCCCUCAGUCUUCCUGUUAGUGUAGCAGAAGAAAUUGAUAGUAUAUUAAAUAAAGAUGUCAAAACAGUUUCCCGAUUUUCCACUGUUGGGCUGAGCGGUCACUGUAGCUGCUGUAAAAGGAAACUCAAGAAAAUUCCACUGACUAGUGAAGAGAAAGAUAGUUUGUUGAAAAGUGUUGAAAAAAGAUUUGAGGUGAAUUGCAAAUUUACAACUUAUGAAGCAGGUGAGCUUCACGAAUUCAAAAUGUUUUUGAAGAUGUCUCCUCCUUUCACGGUUGUUAUCGAUGGUGCAAACCUGUUCUUCAGAACUAAGUCCAGUUCAAAUCCUUUCGCCAUUGCCAAGAAAACAGUAAAGGAUCUUGAGGAUCGUGGCCACAAAAUAUUACUCCUUGGUAGGAAUCAUAUGAGAGGCAAAACAGGCUUCACAUCCGUUUUCAAGAACCACAUAACAUAUUUUGUCAGAGACCGCUCAGUGGAUGAUGCCUAUAUAAUUUAUGCAGCGGUUUCCGGAGGCCCUAAUACCCUUCUUGUUUCAAAUGACUUUUAUGGAACUUACUACGCACGCAUGCCCCAAGAAUCCCGUGCUGCUUUUAGGAAGUGGCAGCUUAGUCAUCAAGUUGUGGGCACUGGAUAUCUAGCCGCAAAUUUGGUACUUCCAGAGUUUUCUCCAAUUUGCCAGAAGUCAGAGGACGGCUCUGCACUCCAUAUUCCUAUAGUGCCAAAUAGUUCUAGAAAUUCAUUUUCACCAUCAGGUUGGCUCUGCAUUCAACGUAAUGUGACAAAGGAACAAAAGAGUAAAUCCAGUACAUUAUGGCCAGUGAGGAAAUUUGAUGUUGAAGAUGUAGAUCGACACUUUGCCUUCAGAAACCAUGCCAUUCAAGUCAGAGAGAAGAUUGAAUCCAGCAAAAACAAUACUAAAUCUGUCAAAAAUCUAAUAAAUGUGAAUUGAUUGUGUCUUC